AAAGCGCCGCGCGCGCACAACAAUAAUAGGACCCCCAACGGGGCGGAUAACCACCACCGCCCUGCGCUGGCGCCGAGGCCCACACGUGUCAGUGGCGCUUGCCGCCCCCGCCGCCGAAGCCCACUCCGGCAAGCAAACAAGCAAGCGAAGCGGCCGGUCGGCCUCCGUCAGCGUCAUCCGACCGCCGAAGAGGCCGUUCCGUUCUCUUCCCCCCGCACACGCUUCCCUCCGAAGCCCAUCCAUCCGCGCGCGGGCGGCGGGCGGCUACUUAAGAGCGCGGCCUCCCUGCGUCUCCUCCCACUCUCGCGGAGACGCAGGCGCUGCUCGAGACACUGACUGUUAAGUGUUUAAAGUCGAAGCGAAUGGGUCUCGAAGAAGGGGGCCGUUGUACCAUCUUCUGCUUGUUGCUGCUGCUCUCCGUGGGCUGCAAAUGUUUGGCGUCAGGAUCUGAGGUCACCCAGGAGGCAAGCCUCAGCGUUGACGCCUCGCCGCUCCUUGCUCAAAAGAUCCCCGACACGCUGUUCGGAAUAUUUUUUGAGGAGAUCAACCAUGCAGGAGCUGGUGGAAUAUGGGCAGAACUUGUUAAUAAUAGAGGUUUUGAAGCGGGAGGACCCCAUACUCCAUCAAACGUUGACCCAUGGUCCAUCGUUGGAGAUGACUCUUCCAUAUUUGUGGCGACGGAUCGUACGUCAUGUUUCAGUCGAAACAUUGUUGCUUUAAGGAUGGAAGUUCUCUGUGACAACUGUCCAGCUGGUGGUGUUGGUAUUUACAACCCUGGGUUCUGGGGCAUGAACAUAGAAGAUGGGGAGACCUACAAUCUAGUUAUGCAUGUUAAGUCACCAGAAACGACAGAAUUGACAGUUUCGCUAACAAGCUCUGAUGGAUUGCAAAUUCUGGCUUCAGCUACCAUACAAGUUGCUGGCUCAUCGAAUUGGAAAAAACUGGACCAUAAGUUGGUUGCUAAAGGAACAGACAGAACCUCAAGACUUCAGAUAACAGCUAACAAGAAGGGAGUUGUAUGGUUUGACCAAGUAUCACUCAUGCCUUCGGAUACAUACAAGGGACACGGUUUUCGCACAGAACUUAUAUCCAUGCUUUUGGAGUUAAAACCCCGGUUCUUGAGAUUUCCUGGAGGUUGCUUUGUUGAAGGAGAUCGGUUAAGAAAUGCAUUCAGAUGGAGGGAUUCUAUUGGUCCAUGGGAAGAGAGGCCUGGACACUACGGGGAUGUUUGGAAUUACUGGACGGAUGAUGGCCUUGGAUAUUAUGAGUUUCUUCAGCUUUCUGAAGACCUGGGUGCUGCCCCAGUUUGGGUGUUCAACAACGGAAUCAGCCACCAUGAUGAAGUUGAGACCGCUGCUAUUGCUCCUUUUGUAAAGGAUAUAUUGGACAGUCUAGAAUUUGCAAAGGGGAGUGCAGAUUCACCAUGGGGUUCUGUUAGAGCUGCUAUGGGGCAUCCUGAACCAUUCCCAGUCAAAUAUGUUGCAAUUGGGAAUGAAGAUUGUGGGAAAACAUAUUAUCGCGGUAACUACCUCAAGUUCUAUUAUGCUAUAAGAGAGGCCUAUCCAGACAUUCAGAUGAUUUCGAAUUGUGAUGGUUCAUCCGUACCACUUGACCAUCCUGCUGAUUUAUAUGAUUUUCAUGUUUAUACCGGUUCCAAGGCACUGUUUUCCAUGAAGAACACAUUUGACAGAACCUCUCGUGGUGGGCCCAAGGCUUUUGUCAGCGAGUAUGCUGUUACGGGAAAUGAUGCAGGCAGAGGAAGUCUUCUCGCUUCAUUGGCAGAGGCUGCAUUCCUUACUGGACUGGAGAGGAAUAGUGAUGUUGUUCAGAUGGCAAGCUAUGCACCGCUCUUCAUAAACGAUAACGAUCGCACGUGGAACCCAGAUGCUAUUGUCUUCAACUCCUGGCAGCAAUAUGGAACUCCCAGUUACUGGAUGCAAACGCUUUUCCGUGAAUCAAGUGGCGCCAUAAUCCAUCCAAUUACAGUCAGUUCUAGCUACUCAGAUUCUCUAGCGGCAUCUGCAAUCACCUGGCAUGAUAAUGAGAACAACUUCCUAAGAGUGAAGAUUGUGAACUUCGGAACGGAUGCGGUGAGCCUCAGCAUCUCAGCAACUGGGCUCCAGGGCAGCGUCAAUGCCCUCGGGUCUACCGCCACUAUUCUCACAUCCGGCAAUGUGAUGGAUGAGAAUUCGUUCAGCAACCCAAACAAGGUUGUUCCAGUUAGGAUCGCGCUGCGCGAUGCCGCGGAGGAGAUGGAGGUCAUGCUGGCGCCUCACUCUUUCAGUGCUUUCGAUCUCGCUCUGUCACAAUCCGAGCUUGUGGCGGAGAUGUGAAGCGGUACACGGUGUUGGUGAAGAUAGGCAAGCACCAGCAAGUGGUGAAGAGUUGUCUGCACGGUGUAGUAUACUGUCUAGAUGGUGUAAUACGAAGGAACUACUAUACUAAAUAAAGAUCACAUCAGGCUGUUUGUUUAUCUUUCCAUUUCAUCUUCACGGUUCAUUUGCUAUCUGCCUGCUAAUUUAAUAAAAAUCACUGUUCGGGAUUCUGAAGUGUCAA